UGCACGAACUGUCAAAUCUCGAAAACAAACGCCGACACUGUGGCGAUGCGAGGUGGCGGCCGCUAGUAAAACGAUUCUUUCGCUUGGAAAAAUUGCUUUAUUUCCUACUUUUUCUAUACAAAUUCCGUUUAAACAACAACCCGGAAAAUGUUUUAUCAUAUAUCGCUCGAGCACGAGAUUCUGCUGCACCCGCGCUAUUUUGGGCCGCAGCUGAUCGAAACGGUCAAGCAGAAGCUGUACACCGAAGUGGAAGGUACCUGCACCGGAAAGUAUGGGUUCGUGAUAGCCGUGACGACUAUCGACGACAUCGGUUCUGGUCUGAUUCUGCCCGGGCAGGGUUUCGUGGUGUACCCGGUCAAGUACAAAGCGAUCGUGUUCCGGCCGUUCAAGGGCGAAGUGCUGGACGCGGUGGUUACCCAGGUCAAUAAGGUGGGCAUGUUUGCCCAGAUUGGACCGCUGUCCUGUUUCAUCUCGCACCACUCCAUUCCGGCCGAUAUGCAGUUCUGUCCCAAUGGAAACCCGCCGUGCUACAAGUCGAAGGACGAGGACGUGGUGAUUGCGCUGGAGGACAAAAUCCGGUUGAAGAUCGUCGGUACCAGAGUGGAUGCGACCGGAAUUUUUGCAAUCGGAACCCUCAUGGACGACUACCUGGGUCUGGCUGGAAGCUAAAGUAAUUUUCUCUGAUAUUUAUACAAAGAUAAGUAUAAUUUUAUUUUAUCAAUUAUUUCUACUUUAAGAGUUUAGGAAGACGGAAUAGUUGUAACAACCAACAAUAAUAACUCCUAAAAUUAUUAUUAACGUAAAA